AUGGAGGAUAUAAUAGCCACCCUCAUCAUAGUGACUGCUGUCUACUUUGCCAUACGAUGGCUCAUCGGGGGCAAAUCGAGUGGCACCGCCGAAGGUGGUAUCAGAGGGGUCACCCCCGACAUGGUGGAAACAGUGCACAGCGCAUUCCCAGACAUUCCUGUACCUAAUAUCAUCUAUCAUCUGUCGCGCACCAAGAGUGCUCAGUCGACUUCGGAGGAGAUCUUGGAGAGAGGAUUCUUGGCCGCUCCUCCUCCUACAUUCAAUAUCCCUGCCUCCCUCCUUCCCACCACCACCCCUCCUGCCCAAGUUCCCACUACUGCUCAACCUCAGAAUACAAAGACUGCAUCGGCCAUCAAGGCUCAAAGUCUUAUCGACCGAUACAACCUUUCUUCCAGAGUGCCAUCAUUGAAAGGAAAGGAGAAGGCUGUCGACGAGAAUCAACCGGCAGAAACCAGUGCAAACGCUGCUUCAAAAUGGGAGGAUUCCAAGGAAAAGAGAGAGAUGGGACUGAAAGAGAGAAAGGAAAAGAUGAUCCUUGAAGCGAGAAGACGAAUGCUAGAGAAGCAGGCAAAGGAGAAGGAAGGUGUGGCCGUAUAG